AUGAAAUCAAGCGUUUUAUAUGAACAAACAGUAGUAGAUGAUAUGCUUAUAUGUGCUUCAGGUCGCUUCAUUAUUUAUGAAUUUUCCAUGAGGCUGGAAAUCACUGAAAUCAUUGCUCCUAAGUCUGGAGUAAACAAAUUAAAUUGUUACUGCAAGCUGUGUGAUGAAGAACAUUGUGGUAUUGUGGAAUAUUGUAAUGUGUAUCGUAAUUUUUUUUGA